UCUGCUACCCAAUGCCUGUCCGCUCUAUUUCGCUUGAACCACACGGUCUCCGAAAUUAACGAUAGUCGGGAUGUCGUGAGGACUAGUCAGCCGCCUGUUGGGUGAUAGGCUACCUUGCAGUAGGGUACCCGCCCGGUACAUCCUGAAUAUGGUUACAUUAGAAUAACGGGUAACCACAGUCAUUGAAUCACAAUCUGCAGGCAGGUGAUUGGCUGCAAGAUGACGGAGGUGGAGCUGAUGCUGGACUUUGCCUCAUCUGGCCGCUCCGGGCGUCGCAACGCCCUCCCUGACAUCCUGGGCUCCCCAGCAGGGGUCAACCCAACAGACCUGCCACUCAAACUAGCCCAGCUGUCUGUCACCGAUGGACCUGGUGGGGCUCAGUCUCCCAGCUCAGAGGAGCCCCCCAGCCCAACCGACGGCAGCGCAGGCCAAGAGGGGUCAUAGAAUUCUCACCCUUCUAGAACACCCCGCCCAAUGGCAGUGCCAUGGAGACGUGUGAGCGCUGGGAGAGACACAGGGGAGACGAGACGAGACGAGACCAUAGACUGUAUAUAUAGAACAGUCUAUGGACGAGACGAGACAUGGGGGAGACUGACUGACGUCGGAGCUCUGUCUAGAUAGCCUUGUGUAGUAGUGUGUGCAAGUGUGUGUGUUGCUUCCCAGCUGUGAGCACUGCAUGGGUCAGCAGAAGGAGUGGACAGGAGGGGAGAGUAGUGACCAGAGAGAAGAGGAGAGCUGCU